ACACAAUUCAAAACCAACCUAACGAGAAAAAAAAAAAAAAAUCAAAUCUCUCGCUCUGUAAACAUCUCAGCGACUGAGUACAAACACAUCUUUCUCCUUGUUUCUCUCUCGUUUUCCAAAUAAAGUUUACAUUUUUUUUUUUUGUGUGUGAUCUACAAUUGUGAAAUCAAUGACGGAACCGGAGCGAUUAGGAGGAAUCUCUCUGAGUUUUCCGGCGAAUGAGGAAGAUAACGUAACGGCAUCAUCACCAAAGACUCUUCCCCGGAGACUCCGUCGUCGUCUUCUCGAACCCAAGAGUCCUGUCUCUGCCGAAGAGAUCGAUUCCAAACUCAGAGAAGCUGAUCUCCGUCGUCAGCAAUACUAUGAGUCACUAUCUAGCAAAGCUCGACCUAAGAUGAGAAGUCCAAGAUCAGGUAGUAUAGAGGAGCUUAGUCAGAGACUUGAAUCAAAGCUUAAUGCUGCUGAGCAAAAGAGGUUAAGUAUUUUGGAGAAGGAGGUGGCUCGUUUGGUGAAGAUGGAUGAAGCUAGGCAAGCUGCGAAGAACGGGCUUGAGAAACGGGUUGAGAAAGAGCGUGAUGAGUUAGAGAGUAAGGUUGAAGAGAGGGUUUUGAAGGCUGAGAAAAAUAGGAUGCUUCUUUUUAAAGCUAUGGCACAACGAAGAGCGGCGAAGAGACAACGAGCUGCGCAGAGUUUGAUGCAGAAGGCGGUUCAGGAGAAGAGGUAUAAGGAGAGUGUGCGUGCAGCAAUUUAUCAGAAAAGAGCAGCUGCGGAGAGUAAACGGAUGGGGAUUUUGGAAGCGGAAAGGAGAAGAGCGAAUGCGAGGUUGACACGGGUUUUUGGUGCUGCUAGUUCUGUGCAGAAUAAGAAGGAAGCUGAAAGAAGGAAAAUGAAGGACCGUUUAGAAGAGCGGCUUCAAAGGGCUAGGAAACUGAAAGCACAAUAUAUGAGGCGUAGGAGAGGCAUGGACAGUUGUUCAUCUUCAAGAUCAGAAACAUUAAGAAAGAACCAAGUGCAUCUUGUGAGGAUGUUAGAAAGAUGCUGGAGGAGAUUUACAAAGUACACGAAGUCUACUUAUGGCUUGGCUAGCGCAUAUCACAGCCUCGGGAUCAAUGAAAAAUCCAUUGAGUCAGUGCCGUUUGAGCAGUUUGCCAUUCAGAUGAACUCAGUUUCUGUUAUUCAAACAGUGAAAGAAUUGCUUGAUCGCUUGGAGAUCCGACUCACUCUAUCUCAGGCAUCCAAUGUGGAGAAUAUUAAUCAUCUUCUUAAACACAUCUUUCCCCCAGCUCGUAGAGGAAACUCACCCAGUUCCACGAGUAAAGGCGAGAAAAAGACACCAAAUUCUAACAAGACGGGAUAUAAAAAGCUUAAAAAGACUGCGAGAUAUCCGGCUAGAAUUUUUCUUUGUGCCUACAUGAUCAAACAACAUCCGGGUGCAAUUUUUAGAGGAAGAGGUGAACAUGAGAUUACGCUAGUGGAAUUUGCAACCCAUCUUAUUCGGGAAUUUGAACUAUUGGUGAAAAUUAUAUUGGAAGGACCAGAGUGUACUCUUCCGGGAAAUGUAUCUUUCGUUGCUCCACGUCCAAAAAAAUUCAGAUCACAGCUAGAAGCAUUUGAUAAAGCUUGGUGCUCUUAUUUGAAGGGGUUUGUAGUUUGGAAAAUUAAUGAUGCUAAGCUUCUAGAAAAAGAUUUAGCCAGAACUCAGGAGCCAGAGCUCUCUGCGGUAUCGAAACAUGCUUCCUCUCCCAAAACAGUAGACAGUGGUGUAAAUCAGAAACCGGCAUCUCCAAGUAAUCGGGCGAUAUUUUCUGAAAUUGAUGGAGUACAAGAAUCAAAAGCGCCUAUAGAUUCACUUUCUCCAUCUUCAUCUUCACCAGGCUCAUCAAAUUUGUCCUCCUCUUUGAACUCUGCAGGAACCGAGGGAAUUUCUACUCCAAACGUGGCAGCUAAUAGCCUCGAUGCAGCAUUGGCUAGUGAGAACGAAGUAAUCGUAAAUGAAAUUGUCCAUGACAAUAGCAGUAGUUUUGCUGAUAGCCUUGACCCUAACACUGGGGAUACAAGCAACCUUCAGGUAAGGGUUAAGGAGACAAUGGAAAAGGCUUUCUGGGAUGGCGUCAUGGAAUCGAUGAAACAGUCGCAGCCAGACUUCAGCUGGGUUCUUAAACUCAUGAAAGAAGUCAGGGAUGAACUAUGUGAGAUAUCUCCCAAAGAUUGGAGACAAGAGAUUAUCCAAACUAUCGAUACGGAUGUGCUGUCACAGUUACUGGCUUCUGGAAAUGUCGACAUGGGUUAUCUUGGAAAUAUUCUAGAGUUUUCCCUUGGCAUUUUGCUGAAACUAUCUGCUCCAGCUAAUGAAGAGGAAAUCAGGACUACUCACAAUAAAUUAAUGACAGAACUUGGAGAGAUAGUUCCAACUGAAGGCCAGUCAAAUUCUUCAUAUGCCAUCUUAAUGGUGAAGGGGCUACGCUUUGUUUUGCAGCAGAUUCAGAUCCUAAAGAAGGAAAUCAGCAAAUCUCGUUUGAAACUCUUGGAGCCACUUCUCAAAGGACCUGCUGGUCUGGAAUAUCUGAAAAAGUCAUUUUCUAGUCGACAUGGUUCACCAGACCAAGCGUCGUCCUCGCUACCAUUGACAAAACGUUGGCUUUUAAGUGUCCGGGAAGAGGCAGAGAGGGAGUGGAAAGAACACAAAGAUGCACUUUCUGCUGUCACAAAUAAUCACUCUGGAUCAUCCGGCCUCCCUUCAACCACCAUGCGAACUGGAGGCAAUAUCUCCUCUGUUUCAAAAGCCAAUACCCCUUCGUCUCUAUUUCCAGGAAUUGAACUGUCAGAGUGCAAGGGAGAAACUGUGGAUCUUCUUGUUCGUGUCGGCCUAUUAAAAUUGGUGAGCGAAAUCGGUGGUCUUACUUUAGAAACUGUCCCUGAAACAUUUCAACUUAACCUCUCUAGGCUGAGAGCUAUUCAAUCCCAAAUCCAGAAAAUCACUCUAGUCUCCAUCAGUGUAUUGAUCCUUCAGCAAACACUGGUAAGCGACAACUCAGCCCCGUUAGACAUGGAGACCAUUACAUGGACUUGCAUAAACCGGCUUUACGAGAUGUUGGAUGCAAAACCUGAUGCUGGUCUUUCAGAAAUCAUGGAAACACUCUCGGAGCUUAUUGAUUCUGAUGAUGCAGAGACAAAGAAACAAGUAAUUGCAAACAUGCUUCUGAAAAGCUUACAAGCAGGAGAUGCAGUAUUCACACAUGUAUCACAGACCAUAUACCUAGCCAUUAGAGCCGCGGUUUUUGCAGGAAACAACAACACAAAGAGAAAGCAGUUGGUGGAAACAAUGCUAAGAAAGAUCGGAGCAGCUUCUCUCUCAGACAAGGUCACAGAGGUUUCAGACAUUCUUGUUCUUGUUGCAACAGUGUCACGUUCUGUUCAUGGGUUAUGGUAUGAAGAGUUACUGAAGGAACAUAACUAAAAAGGCUCUGGAUCAGUGGACUAGUGUGGCUUGUCUUUGGCAGUGUUAAAGAUUUUUAAGUGUUUGUAGAUAAGAGUCGGAACAACAACAACACACCAACAACACACCACGUUUGUAUUUAUAACACUAUUACUGAUACAUCUAUAUAAUACACUGAGUAUUCCUGUUUUAUCUA